AUGACCGUCGGGAAGCGCUUCGGCUAUUCGUCGAUUCGCGGCGCAGCGAGCGCCACGCCGAAGGCGCUUCUCGACGCCGCGAUGCGCAUCGAUUGGAACGCGCGCAUCGCCGCAAUGAGCGGCGAGAAAUGCGGCGGCGAGAUUCGACGCGACGCCGCUGCUGACGCGGCCGCAGCUCCAGCUACCGGUUCUGAAGAUGCGGCAGCGGCUGAAGUGGAAUGUCGUACUGAUAAGAAUAACUUAUUAUCUCCAACGGAGGCGACGGAAGGAGAGGUGGCGUUUGCGAUACUAGAGGAGGGAUUUUCUCUCACGAGAGCAUUCAAUCUCGCGGAUUACGUGCCGUGGCUGAGCCACUGGGACCCGCUGCGCAUGUACGCGCGCGCGUUGUGCCUCGCGCCGCAGCUGUUCGGGCUCAUGGGCGCGUGCAUCGCGGAGCGACGCCAACUCCUGCUGCAAAAGAAAUGUUCCUCAAACGAAGAAAACGUGAUUUUGGUGGAAGAAACCACUCUUGCUGAUACUUUAUUAGAGAUUGAAGGGGAUGGAGAGGAUGAGAUGAACCAAGACGAGAUGCUGAUGCUGGCGAUUGAUAUGAUGAUGGCCGGGACUGAUACCACCGCCAAGACCGUGGAGUGGGCGCUUGCUGAGCUGGCGCAGCAUCCGGACCUGCUGGAAAGGCUCCGCACUGAGGUGGAUGAAGCUUAUGCCACGUCAGCAAGGGCAUCCGCGGAAACUGGGGUGGCUGCAGUAGGAGGUUCGGAUCCUCCGGUCUCCCUUCCAGUAGCGGAAAUGCCCGUAACUAUAGGUGGUUACCACAUCCCACCCAACACCAUGAUUCAGAUCAAUGGCUGGGCUCUCUCCCAUGAUCCAACGGUUUGGAUCAACCCGCACGAAUUUGAUCCCUCCCGGUUCCUUGGCCCUGCUGCCCCUGACGUGACCGGACAAAAUUUCAGCCUGCUGCCCUUCGGUUUGGGCAGGCGCGGGUGCCUUGGCACAAACCUGGGGCUGGAUCUGUCUGCCCGCCUGCUGGCAAAUUUCGUUCGGCGGUUUGAUUUCAAGCUGCCCGAAGAUGUGCGGGCAGCUGGAGGAGUGGACAUGACAGAAAAUUUUGGGCUGACCAUGGCUCUGGCUAAACUGCUGAGGAUUGUGGUGAGGGAGAGGAAGGCAGUGGCAGGGGCAGUGGUUUCUACUUCAGGAGCAUGA